AUGUCCAACUCGGACAAUUUGGAUCACGAACCUUCUCUGGAAGUCUUCGGUCCCGGUUCGGCUCCCUUCAGCGGAUUAUCAUCAGAGGCAGACUUCCUCAUCGCCCGGCUCCUGCAGCAGGGCAUUCCCACAGCCCCAGGCCUCGCUCUCUCUCAGCUCCGAGAGCUCUCGGACCAGGUCUCCAGCAUAGCUCCCCAGUCCGGGGCAGCAGCUCCAGUCAGCUCUCCGGAGAGAUCAGGGCGAGGACGCGGCCGCAGCCGCGGAGGAAAAAAGGGCAGGAAGUCGAGCCCUCCAGGAUCCCGUCCGCCUCCAAAAUCCACCCCUUCCCAGGCUCGCCAGGCCGGGAGUGUCUCUAACACGCCCCUCAUGGAGAGUAGCGUGGCCGGCUCCCUGCAAUCCCUGGCGAGCUCCAUGAGAGCUAUCGAUGCUCGCCUCCAGGCCCUGGAAGACUCCAUCACAGGAACUUCAACUUCCGCUGCACUCAGAGCAGCGCUCUCUGCCUCAGUCCGGGGUUGCCGGGUCAGGGUGUCCCACGCAUUCCAGCAGGCGAAAAUUCUUGAAGGGAAGGACGUCAAUCUGCUCAGCCUUAUUCUGCCCUCCCCGGAGUGCGAUAAAGCCAUCGCCACAGGAGGAAAUAUCACCGCCGUCUUUAAGGUCGCAGACCCCAGUCUUAUCAGAGACAUCAGCGUAGGGCAAUUCAUGGUCGCUUUCGGCAUCUUCCGUGAUGUUCUCUGCUCCGUCUACCCUACAGCUGCGGAGCGCAGGGCCACAUCGCUCCCCUCUGCCCCUCAGUGCCUUUCUCCGCGCCCAGAGCCUCCCACAUGCAGUAUGCUGGGAACGAUAGACCAAGCCGUCAGAAAAUGUUUGCACUCACCCUUACUGUACAUUUCUCCAUAUCUGCAGUUUCUGCAGGGAUGCACACCCGAAGUCCGUUUGCCCCAGGCGCAGCCACAGCCUCACAGUAGCUCUGCGCCAGAAACCUCGUGGUGGAAAAACAUUCUGAACUAUCACCCCUCCACUCCCAUUAACAUCCCUCAGCUAGCAGCUGCGCUUUCUACUCACCAAGAUUCCGCGUUCGUUGACUAUCUCCUGUCAGGGUUCUCCCAAGGCUUCAGGGUAGGGGUCCUCUCAUCUCCCACAGUGACUUUCGUCGCAAAAAACUUACAGUCAGCCGCUAAAGAACCCAACAUAGUUUCCCAGCUCAUCGACAAAGAACUUCUCAAAGGAUACAUAAUCGGUCCUUUUAGCUCCUCCCCCUUUUCAGUGUUCCGUUCAAAUCCCAUCGGAAUAGCCACACGCAAAUACUCUGGAAAAAAGAGGCUGAUUUUCGAUCUUUCCGCUCCCCGCUCCGACCCAUUCUGCAGCGUCAAUAGUAUCAUCCCUCCAGAUCAGUUUUCCCUUCACUAUGCCUCAGUGGAUAAUGCAAUAAAAAUGAUCAAGUUCACAGGGCACGGAGCUUUGCUCUCCAAAGCGGACAUUACCGAUGCCUUCAAAAUCAUCCCCAUUCAUCCGUCUCAGUGGAAUUUGUUCGGUAUUAAGUGGGAGUCCAAACUCUAUUUUGCCGUUCGCCUGACCUUCGGGUGCAGACGCAGCCCCUGCAUUUUCAAUUCCUUCUCGGAAGCGCUCUGCUGA